AUGGCUUUGCCCCUUAGUGAACAACAGCUGGCCCCAGCUCAACAAAACCAUACCAAUGCGUUGGUAUUGAGCUACUUGCUCCGGAUGGAGAAUCCCGUGGCUUUCGAGCCCGAUCAAGUCAAGCCGGCAUGCCAAACGCUCUUGGUCAUAUGCUUGGACCCACCGGCCCAGGUGAUUCUUGGUGUCGGUGCCCAGAUUCUAGAGCAGGAGACUGGCGAUUGCCCUACCAUCGUGAACGGAGCCAUACUCUAUUACAGCUUGGUUUUGCAAAAAGAUGUGACCUAG